AUGUCUUCCAGAAAACAUAAAUUCAAUGAAAAAGGAACAGGAGGUGGUAAUAAUAAUCUCACUUCAGAUCUCCUAAACAACGACAUUGAAUAUGAAUACUCCGUCGAAAAAGAAGAAUGGUAUAGUCUUCUCUUUGAACAAAUGGCGUACGAUGAAGGUGAUCAAUUCUCGACCGAAUAUUUUUUUGAACAAUGGGAAACGGGUGAAGCAUACAGCAAUCAUCAUGAUGGACUUCAUCGAAUGACGGAAGAUGAGUAUGCUGCAUAUAUGCGUCAGGGAAUGUACGAGAAGCAAAAUGCGCAAAAGUUAAAAGAGGAGAGAGAGC